GUCAAAAAAAAAGGGAACAAAUCUCCGUUCCUCUCGCCGCCGUUCCCCAUCCUCGUCGUCGCCGCCGCUCUCCCGAAGACUAGGCAUCGCCGCGACCACCAGACGUUCGUCGCCUCGCCGAUAACCUCCUUCUCCUCUUCCUCCACGCAGGAGACAACAUGUCGACGCUCGCUGCGGCAAGAGCUGAUAACUUCUACUACCCGCCCGAAUGGACCCCAAAGAAGGGUGGGCUCAACAAGUUCAAUGGCCAACAUGCCCUCAGGGAGCGGGCAAGGAAGCUGGACCAGGGCAUCCUGAUUAUAAGAUUCGAGAUGCCUUUCAAUGUCUGGUGUGGUGGAUGCAGUUCCAUGAUAGGGAAGGGAGUAAGGUUCAAUGCUGAAAAGAAACAAGUUGGAAAUUAUUACUCUACCAAGAUAUGGAGCUUCACCAUGAAAUCAGCAUGUUGCCAGCAUGAAAUAGUCAUACAUACGGAUCCGAAGAAUACUGAAUAUGUCAUAAUCAGUGGCGCUCAGCGCAAGACUGAGGAUUUUGAUGUUGAAGAUGCAGAGACGCUGCUGCUGCCUGCAGAUGAAGAAAAAGACAAGCUUGCGGAUCCUAUGUAUAAGCUUGAACAUCAGGGAGAAGAUAUCCGGAAGAAGAAAGAAGAGGAACCAGUUUUAAUUCGGCUUCAACGGCUCUCCGAUAGCCGGCAUUCUGAUGACUAUUCUCUGAACAGAGCCCUCCGCGACCGCCUUAGGAGCCAAAAGAAGAGAGUUGCUGAAGAGAAAAAAUCAGCAAGGAAGAUGGGACUUGGAGUACGGCUCUUGCCGCCAUCUGCAGCAGAUGCUGCCGCAGCAGCUUCUGUGAAGUUUGCCUCAAAAUUUGAGAGGAGCAGAAAGGACAAAAGAGCAGCAAUCAAGGCUUCCUCCAUCUUCCCGGAGUCAUCAAGCUCAGCUUCAAAAGGCAAACUAGACCUUGCACUGAAGAGGCGGAAUAUAAAAGCCAGUGCAGCGUCCCUGCUGAUGGCAGGCAGGGUGAAGCCGUCCUCGUGGCAGAGCGCCGGUUCUGAAAAUGCAAGGUCUUUUGUCCCGAUUAUGGCGAGACGCAAGUAACCACUCUUAAGUUGUGCCUGCACAAUCAAGAAGCUUCCGUGUAAAACCAUCUUGUGUAGCACUUCGAUUGCUCUUUGCGAACGCUUGCAGUGUAUCCUUGAUGUGACUUGCUGUCAGUGGAUGAGGCUGUGGCAUCAUUUGUGCUGUAGAAUUAAUUUACGCUUGCUGUGUAUGUAUGUGAAAGAUGGUUGUGCUGUGUUUUCGCGACAGCAACAUAUGUGCUUUCUGCAUCAUAAUAUGAAAAUCUGAGUUGCUUGUAA